UCAUUUCCGCCUGCGACGCGUUUAAAGUCGGAAACUUCAUGCUGCAGGAAGAAGCAAAUAUAAAAACGAACGUAGAUGGGCAGCUGCUGUACACAAUGCACGGACAUGAAUCGGGUUGCUGAUCAAACGCGUCAGUUAAUGUUAGCGUUAUUUGCGGGUUAAAUAAUACUAAUUUAGAAAGUAAAUAACCUGGCUAAGCUAGUUGGAGAAAACUGCUGCAUAUUAUUUUUUAGAUACCAACCGAUUGGGUGUAUGUCCGCAUAAUUUCCAUGUGUUAUAAACGUGAAAUCUGGCUUAACGCAUGGAGUCGUCCGCUCACUAUUCUGAAGGCAGGAAAUAUUUUUAGUUGACUUCAUUACCGCAGACAUGUCGAGCAAUCUAACGCCGGAACAGCAGAGGAAAAUCGAGGAGAACAGACAGAAAGCGUUGGCGAGAAGAGCCGAGAGACUUGCACAGGGAAGCCAACAACCUGUACAAGCUGUGACUGCAACACACAAGCCAUGUCAAACCCAAUCACAUCCUGCAGCAGUAGGAAAUGUAAAGUACAAGCCGAGUUUUCCUCCAAAACCUGCAGCAAGCAGCAGAGCCCACAGUGGGAGACAGACCAAGCUCAUAGACCCAAUUCCAAUCCCGAAAAGGACAGAAUGUCAAACAUCUACUCCUUCGACUAGUUUUGUAUCCCCCAAGCCCAAGGCCCAAGGUGCUGUUGAUUUUUCGGAACCAAAGCAGAGUUCCUCGGCUACUAAUUUCUACGCAGCGAGUGUGAAGCCACACAACCAGCCUUUAGACAAGAAGGCACUCAAUCCCCUGGACUCUGGCUCGACUGUUUCUGUGAAAAAGCCUGCAGUGUGUGUACGAGGGAAGUGCGUUCCUCAUUCAGAAGAGCGCUUUAGAGUAGAGGUUGGCUACAACGCAGAGCUCAUCAAUGUGUUCAAAAACAUUCCCUCCAGGAACUAUGAUCCUGCCACAAAGAUGUGGAACUUCAGCCUCGAGGAUUAUAAGCAACUCAUGGAGGAGGUAGCAGGCCUCCCCUCUGUGUCUUUGAAGGCUCUGGAGGGCAUGGAAGGUUUGGAUUUAUCCGCCUCCAGCAUUCGCCCAAAAGACUCUGCAGCACUGGUGGCCAUGAUGAAGCUGUGCCAGGGCUGGCAGAAGCCUGGGGCCACAAUCAAGGGCAGAUGCGCACUUAUUUCCCGUUCACGCCUGGAAGUGGACAUCACAUACCAUGCAGAUGUUAUAGGGGUCUUUAAACAGAUGCCUUCAAAAAGCUAUGACAUGAAGACAAGGAAAUGGAGUUUCCUACUUGAGGAUUAUGCCAAAUUAAUGGAGACUCUAAACGACAUCUCUUCUGUGGAGGUCGAACCGUUACCGCGUGCUGUGCUCCAGGCCUUCUCUUCCCAGCUUGAGAAGAGCCAUUCCACACCUCCAGAAAUCCCUGAAGCCGAUCUCUCGGGCAUAGACAGCAGUCUCACACGCAGCCUCAUGCCGUUUCAGCAGUUAGGUGUCAACUUUGCAGUGUCCAGAGAAGGUCGUCUGCUCCUGGCUGAUGAUAUGGGCUUGGGGAAGACAGUGCAGGCCAUCUGUAUUGCAGCCUACUACAGAAAUGAGUGGCCACUGCUGAUAGUUACUCCUUCCUCUGUACGCUUCACCUGGGCCGAGGCGAUCCGCCGCUGGUUGCCUUCAGUAGAAGCAGACAGCAUUAACGUGGUGGUGACUGGUAAAGACUGUCUCCGCUCUGGUCUCAUCAACAUUAUCAGCUACGACCUGCUUAGCAAGAUGGGGAAGCAGAAUUUUGCCAGUCCGUUUGGUGUGCUAAUUAUGGAUGAGUCCCACUUCCUAAAGAACAUUAAAACCGCUCGCUGUAAGGCUGCUCUUCCUCUACUAAAGGCUGCUAAAAGAGUGAUCCUGCUGUCAGGAACUCCUGCUAUGUCGCGUCCGGCUGAGCUCUACACCCAGAUUCUGGCUGUGAGGCCAACACUCUUUCCUCGUUUCCAUGAUUUUGGAGUGAGAUAUUGUGAUGCCAAGCAGCUCCCAUGGGGUUGGGACUAUUCCGGCUCCUCCAAUUUGGCUGAAUUGAAGUUGUUGUUAGCGGAAUGUCUUAUGUUGAGGCGAUUAAAACCUGACGUGCUCUCGCAGCUUCCUGCCAAGCAGCGCAAGGUCGUCACCGUGACUACAGACGGCAUAAACUCUCGUACCAAAGCCGCACUUUCGGCCGCAGCCAAAGAACUCGCAAAAGAAUGCCACAAUAAGAAGCAAGAGAAGGAUGCUCUACUGGUUUUCUUUAACCACACAGCAGAGGCCAAGAUUAAAGCCAUCCUCGAGUACAUUUCAGACAUGCUGGAAUGUGGACGAGAGAAGUUAGUGUUUGCGCAUCAUAGACGAGUCCUGGACAGCAUAACUAAAGAGCUUACUGAUAAGGGAAUCAGUCACAUCCGUAUCGAUGGGUCCACACCCUCAGCAGAGCGCCAGCAGCUGUGCGAGAAGUUCCAGUUCUCUGAGCAGAGCUGUGUGGCUGUGCUCUCCAUCACAGCUGCCAACAUGGGCCUCACGCUGCAUACUGCCGACCUUGUCGUCUUCGCUGAGCUCUUCUGGAACCCAGGGAUAUUAAUUCAAGCAGAGGACAGAGUGCACCGUAUUGGACAGACCAGAUGUGUGGACAUUCACUACUUGGUAGCCAAAGGCACAGCUGACGACUACUUGUGGCCAAUGAUCCAGGAGAAGAUGAAUGUUCUAGAACAGGUUGGCUUGUCCGAGUCCAAUAUUUCAGACAAGGCAGAAUGUGCCAGCUUCCACAGCAAGGACCAGAAACAGCCAAGAAUCACAGAGAUGUUUCAGAGAUCAUUCUCAGAGGAGGAUAUGGACGAAUCAAUGCUAUUAGAAGCUGUAAAUGACUGGGAAGACAAUGAUCAGCCAGAUUCAGUCAGCCACCAGGACAACCACGUCUCAGAGAGCCCCAGCAAGAAAAGGCGUAUAGAAGACUAUUUCGGAUAAAAAAAAAAAACUAAGUAAAUAAAGCCUGCCAAUUAUCAACGUAAUAAAGUGUACUUUUUGGUUGUCA